AUGUCUUGGUUUCUUACAUCAGAUUCUGAGGUUUGUUCUGGUGGACCAGUGAUUCCCGAUGUCAUCCCUAGUUUUGGAGGUCAUGUGGCCCUUGCACUAUGGACUUCUCCUGAGAAGGAUCGUGGGGUGUUGGAGUGUUUCCACCGACCUGGUAAGGUGGAGUCUUUGAGGCGAUAUCAGUGGAGUGCAGAGGGUUCUCGUGAGAUAGUUCGAGACACCGGAUUGUCCCACUUGGCGGGGUGCAUGAUACACCAUUUAGAUGUGGCUCUAUUAUCUGCUUUUGUGGAGAGGUGGCAGCCAGACACAAACACCUUCCACAUGCCAUUUGGAGAGAUGACAAUCCUUCUCCACGACGUGCAUCACAUUUUGCGUAUUCCAGUUGAGGGGGUGAUGAUGAGAGAUGAGGCAUCGGCUGAUAUUCUGAAGGCUGACAUGAGUGGUCUAGUUCGACUCUCUGUGGAUGCUUCCGUUGGUGGUGAGUGGAAGUCCAAGUGGUUCGUUAAUGGUGGUAUGCAUGGGGAUGGAGUGCUUGUGAGAGCUCGAGAGUUGCAGAUUGAGGAGGUUGAGGUGCAGUGUUACUUGUUUGUGUUGUUGGGAUCCACGCUUUUCGUGGAUAAGAGUCGUGAUCGCAUUCGUCCUGCGAUCAACUUGUUUCUGAAGGAUCAUCGAUCAGUGGCUGGUUAUGCUUGGGGAGCUGCUGCACUCGCCUAUCUCUAUAGGCAACUAGGGGUGGCCACACGAGUGGAUAGUAAGAAUAUUUGUGGCUGUUUAACCCUCCUUCAGGCUUGGAUAUAUGAGUACUUUCCACUCUUUCGUCCUAGCCAGUUAGUGCAGUCUGCAGAUGCUCCUCGUGCUUCCUCGUGGGUAUGCCCUCGCUUGUCAGGUGGGGAUGAUGCUCGGCAGCGCUUGUUAGGGUAUCGGCAGAUGUUGAAUGAGAUGUCACCGGAUGAUGUGACUUGGACUCCGUAUGGGCGAUUUCCUGGCAAGGAGGUACCGCGUUCGCUGUUCACUGGUGUCAUUCGCUUUUCUGAUAUUGCUGAGGUUUACGAUCCUGGACGUUGUCGGCGCCAGUUUGGAUAUAGACAGAUUGUCCCCCGUCCAACGAUGGUGCCAUGCGAGCACUACCGUCCUACUUCUGGCAUCAGCUACAGUGUUUUCUGGAGCAAGUCUGCAGAUCAAUUAUGGGUCAACUUGCCGGGCCAUUCUCUUCAUUUGGACUUUGAUUCCUUCCCAUGUGAGCUCCCAUCUGAGGUGGAAGAGGGAUACAUUGAUUGGUACCAGACUCGAUCGCACCCACUAAUCAACCACCCCAGCUCUAAAGGGAAGUCUUUGUGGCGUCCAGUACUACGCGAUAAGGUUAGUUAUUGUUAUUUUGUAAUGAUAAUAUUAGAUUAA